AUGUGGUCCACGUUGCUCUCUAGCUCCCUCUUUCUCUGCGUUGUACUCACGCGUGCUCAGUCGUUAUACUUUGAGGGCUUCUCAUCAUCCGUACUUUUAUCCGACACCAUAUCCACUAUCGGCAGCACUUUACCGUCCCCAGCCUCAUCUAUCAUCGUUACCUUACCGACUCUUCUGCCGUGUAGUGAUCCGUCCUGGCAUCCGACUCCCGAGAAUUGGGCCGCCGAAAAUGUGGACCAAGAAUUGGCAAAUACUAAAGGUCUGUGGGGUUCAGGAACAACGUUCGUGGAAUACAUCGCGCAACAUACGGGGCAGACGAGUCAGCGUUGUGGUAUAGGAUAUUCCUCGACUUGCACCGUACCGGAUUGCACUGCUUUUCAAGGUGCUGGCGGAGAGAAAUGGGUGUAUUUUGUAGCUGUGAGCAUCGUUGAGAUGAACUCCUUCCUUAACAUAAUGAACGACGGCAUUAAUAGUGGAACCACUGAACUGAGCUUGGUCAUCGGAGACAUGGCCAACAGUUUCUUUCCAUGGGAGCCUCAGCCUUCGCACACGAACAUCUGGCCUUGGAUUGAAGCGGCUCUUAGUUCCGUGUUGGCAUUUGUACCUCUCUUCCUCCCAGCGAAGCUCUUCGGUUCAGCAAUAUCGCAGAGCGCCGCAGCGUUUGCCAAUGGUGGAUUAGCAACCCUUUCGCCUCAUUCCUCGGAUCCUGAGGCUUACUAUCUCGGCACUAUGCAGCAACUCGGAGAAACUUUCAAGACCCUGUCGUAUAACGCCACGUCGGGGCUGGAUCAAUGGUCUCAAAAGCUAUUCGGUGGUGAGCCAGACGAAUCCGGAAAGACGAUUAUAGACUACUUCGCCGGAGGUAGAUUCACGCUCAGCUAUAACAUCUCUGACCCGACUAUGGAAAACUUCUACUUCCAGACAAUGGUAUCUGACGUUGUCAACGACCAAUGGAGGCAAGCUCUUAUGACUGCGCAUCAAGGCGUCUGGACCAUUCCCGUCUGCGAUGUCGGUGAAAACGGAAACUGGGUUGCGAACUACGAAGUCGGCGCGAUGCCAUGCUGCUGCGGACCACUCAAGCCCUCCGGCCAAGGAUGCACGGAGACGGACGAUUUCAUCAUAGCGACGCAUUUGAUCGAAUUUGGGGAAUUCUAUACCACCUGUAAGACGCAGUAUCCCGGAUUCAUUGGACCUUCUGCUGCAGUGGGGUUGGCAGUCCCGUUUUUGAGCACUUUGCUUUUGUCGACGCUGGUGACCGUUUUGCUAGGGAUGAGUCUCUCGGGAUAG